AUAGAGAGAUAGAUGUUUAUUUAAUGUAUUAUGUUGAUCUAUAAUUAGAAAACUUUAAAAGCUUGACAUAUUAAAAUUUCGUGAGGACAAUAUGAUCUAAGCAGUGAAAACAAAUAUCCCCUUACCUAUGUAACAAAAAGUACAUAACACAUAUAUAGCUGGCGCGAGGAUCCCUUAAAGGUUCAGUUUCAUAAGAUUGGUCUCCAUAGUCUUAAAACCAGCCCAGUUUGUAUUGUUGUUUGGUAACAAGGAUCCAACCAUUGUUUUCAUAAACUUGAGAUAAGAUCAGUUUGCUGCGUCACAGGUAUAAACAUGCAAGACCACGCCGUCAAAUGCAACAGCAAAAGCCCUCCAAUGUUAUCGCCAGUCAGAAAGAUGGCAGAGCACACUACACACACCGUCCACGUCUUUUCUGUAAUACCAGGUCUAGCUGAUAUUCUUUCUAAGAGACUGCCAGACACAAAAGUGGUUAAUGCGCGUUCACAAGGCUUUGGCUUCAAUAAUCAUAAAAAAAUAUACUGAAAGGGACUUGACAGAUGAAGAACUGAACCUCUUGUCGAAGGCACAGAUCUUGCUCUGUGAUCCUCAAACACUGACCCAAGUGCUGGUGCGCAAAGGAUUGAACUUUCUGGCAAAACUUCGUUGGGCACAUGUGACAUGGGCUGGUGUUGAUAGAUUGAUGAAGAUACUGACUCCAGGGACAGAAAUGCCCUUCAUUCUGACUCGUAUUACCCGUGAUGGACUGUCCCGCUUGAUGGCCAAGUACGUGGUGGGCCAGAUCGUAUGCCAUGAGCGUGGCUGGAUGGACACCCAUAUGAAGCAGAUCAAGAAGGACUGCAUAGGGUGGCACACUUUCCACUCCUUCCGCAGUCUUGACCAGCUGACUGUGGGCGUAAUGGGUCUCGGUAAGAUCGGCCUCACAACCGCCAAGGUGCUCAAAGGGUUUGGGUGUCGCGUGCAUGGCCUCGUCAGGACACCUCGCUCCCAUUCCUCUGUGGAACCAUUUGUGGACCAGCUGUGGCACGGACGGGAGGGUCUUGCUGACUUCCUCAAAGAUUGCGAUUACCUGGUCAAUCUGAUGCCCUCCACGCCCCUGACGCACGGCCUGCUCGGGGACGAAGUGCUCACCGGAGCCAGCAGAAGGCCAGUGAUAGUAAACGUGGGGCGCGGAGACAUCAUUACCGAGGCGGACCUACUGAAGGCGCUGGAACAGGGCUGGAUCUUCGCCGCCGUGCUUGAUUGCUAUGAAAAGGAGCCUAUCCCUGAGGACAGCUUCCUCUGGACACAUCCUAGGGUGGUGAUGACGCCACAUAAUUCAUAUAACAACAACGAAGAUUACAAACGUCAUCACAUUCAAACGGAAUUUAUUGUCAACUUUGAGAACUUCUUGGCCGGUCAGCCCCUCACCGGGAGGUGGAUUGGCAAACUGGGUAUUAAAAGAAGAUGAUGAAGAAUAUUCAAUUAGUCACUGUUGAAAGAUGGAACAAAUGCUAGUAAAGAGUGUAUCUUCUUAAUAUGGUGGAUAUUCUUAAAUAUUCCUUCCUUGAGCUUCCUAAGUGCUGUGUGUUGAACGGUGCUGUUGUUUUCACACAAUGUAAUGCUACGACACACAGAGGCAACACAACAUUAUAUUCCUCCAUGUGUCCUGCUUGUGUGUGUGUGUGUGUGUGUGUGUGUGUGUGUGUGUGUGUGUGUGUGUGUGUGUGUGUGUGUGUGUGUGUGUGUGUGU